CAGCAUCUGAAGGCUGAAGCUCCGCCCUAUGUAUAAACGAACCCAAAAUCUUAAGCAGCUCAGACUGAUCGGGAGUCUGCGAGAGUUCCGUUCCUUAAAAAACAAUGGAGGAAGGUUUCUGCAGGAGCAGCGAUGGCCCCUAUAGAGUUCUUGAGUUCUAUAGUGGCAUUGGAGGCAUGAGGUACUCAAUCAUGCGAGCUGGGGUGUCAGCAACCAUGGUCGAAGCAUUUGACAUUAACGACAAAGCAAACGAUGUCUAUGAAUACAAUUUUGGCCAUCGUCCUUAUCAGGGUAAUAUUCAAAGUCUGACGGCUGCUGACCUAGACAGAUAUGAGGCGGAUGUGUGGCUACUCUCUCCUCCAUGCCAACCAUACACGCGGCAAGGGCUUCAGAAGGACUCUGGUGAUGCUCGUGCAUCCUCUUUUCUCAAGAUUCUUGAACUUGUGCCACACAUGUUGCGGCCUCCUCUGAUGUUUUUUGUGGAGAAUGUUGUAGGGUUUGAGAUAUCUGAUACACAUAAGCAGAUGAUUGAGAUUUUGGUGAAAACAGGUUUUGUUGCACAGGAGUUCAUUUUGAAUCCUUUACAAUUUUGUGUGCCAUAUUCUAGACCUCGGUAUUUUUGCCUGGCAAAGAUGAGACCUUUAUCUUUUCAAAAUCCACAUUUCAAUAACCAGCUCCUCUGGAGUCCCAGCCCCUUGUUGGGGUCUGAUGAUGGAUUGAUGGAUGAAAACAUGGUCCAAUCCUGUGAACCAAUAGAAAACUUUCUUGAAAUCAAGCCUUAUAGCAAUCACUCGGAGAGUGCAGAAUCGGACUUGUUUCACACAUCUAGAGUUCCUGAAAUGGUAUGCACAGCACUGGAAACAAAGGUUGAAGAAAAUGGUUCUGGCACUGGUUCAUUGAGCCAAUACAUAGUUCCGUUGGACUUGAUUGAAAGGUGGGGUAGCGCCAUGGAUAUUGUGUAUCCUGAUUCCAAGCGUUGCUGCUGCUUUACAAAAAGCUACUAUAGAUAUGUGAAGGGUACUGGCUCCCUAUUGGCCACUGUCCAACCAAAGAAGAAGGGAAAGUCCACUCCAUUGAAGGAUCAGGGACUCAGAUACUUCACUCCAAGGGAGGUCGCUAAUUUGCAUUCUUUCCCAGAGAAUUUCCAAUUUCCACAGCACAUAGGUCUUAAACAACGAUACGCUUUGUUGGGAAACAGUCUAAGUGUAGCAGUGGUUGCACCCUUACUUCGUUAUCUAUUUGCUGGGCCAUUAUGAUCUUGAUGAUAUCAGCUUGAGGUGACAUCAGUCCUGUGAAUUCAUCAGUAAAUUUUGACCAACACAAAUUGUUGCUUGAUCCCGACUUUCAGUAUAGUGAUCUGCGGACUCCUACACAUUUUGGGUGGGUGCAACUAGAGGACUGGGUGAAGGGUCUCAAAAAAGGUCAGAUUAAAGACAGUACAAACACCAAUGCUGGAUCGUUGCAUCCCUGCCCAUACUGUGUUUCACCCUCAAUGAUUCAAAUGCAAGACUUGCUCCAGUUAAACUGCACGGCGGAUAGCCUUACACACUUACUGGUGAUUGUUGUAUUUUCUAAGUUAUGUGAUGCAAAUUCAA